AUGGACCAGGCGGGGAAGAAGAAGUACGUCAGGCAGGUCACUGGGCGACACAAUGACACGGAGGUUCAUCUGGCGGCGCAGCGCGGUGAUCUCGCGGCGGUCCGGCAGAUCUUAAGAGAUAUCGAUGCCCAGAUGACGGAGACCGCCGGCGGGGAAGAAUUCGACGCCGAGUUGGCUGAGAUCAGGUCUGCAAUAGUUAACGAGGCGAACGAUCAAGGAGAGACAGCUUUAAUGAUAGCGGCGGGGAAGGGUUAUCUCGACGUGGUUGAGGAACUUUUGAAGUACGCGGACAAAGAAAUUCUUGCGAGAAAGAAUCAGGCCGGGUUUGACGCUCUGCAUAUGGCUGCCAAAGAAGGGCACCAAGGUAAAAGUUUCGCUUCUGCCCGAACUUUCCUCGAACUCCUUUAUAGAAGCGUCUCAUGCAUGGAAGCGGGGGGGGGGGGGCGUCGACGUCAUGCAUUAUCACGGAUGUCUCUUCCUUCAUAUCGCGCUGCCAUAAAGUUUGAUUGUUCCUAAUUAUAUGGUACCUAUGCUAUCUGGCCUUUCUACAGCUGUAGUUUUAUAUGAUCCAGGAGAGAGAGAUUUGUCUUUUACCCACGAAAUUCUUUGAUGAAUCAUCACAACUGCGCGACCAAGCUAGUUGUUUAUGCUAUUUUGGUUUCAUGUAGUACUAUUCCUGGCUGAUUACUGGCCAUUAUCUUGAUUAAAAUCGUAGUCUCUGCGAUGAAUACAUUUCUUUUUCUUUAUGUUAAAUUCGAUCUAGUAUUAGGGCCUUCUUAGUUUUUUACUCAAUCUCUUUAACAUUUACCUUAAACUCACAGAAUAAACACCUCUGUGCAACUGAGGUUGGGUUUACCUAUAGAAAAUCACGAAUUCAAAAGCGACGGUUGUUGAUGGCAUUUGCAUGCCAUGUGGCUUUUUUGCUGUGCUCUGUUGAAAGAAGUUUUCCAUUGAUUGGUUUUCAGCAUUAAUUACUAUUGCGGAAGGGUGUACUUUGUAUCUAUGCGUGAUAUAUCGUCCAAAUUCGUCGUUCACAUUUAUGUUCUGGCUGUGAAUUUCCUCUGUUUCCCUGCGAUUGAUAAUGCAUAUCAGGUGAGCUUGUGAAGAAGAUCGGAUAUGGGUCAAGAAAUCAAAUAUUACCGUGUGACCCUGCUUUUUUUUCUCUUUUGUGAGUGCUAUGCUGGGACCGAGACAUGUUUAUUUAGAGACAAAAUCCUUGAUGGUUUGAUUUGGUGGAAAGGUGAAUGGGAGGUAAGCCUAGCUUUUUCAAAAAGUUGCAUGUGAUAUAUGGAGAUUGGCAGAUGGAAAUAAUUUAAAGAAAAUGAGAUACUGUUAUGCGAUUUCGUGGAUUUUUCUUCACAGAUUAUCCAUGGCAAUGACUCUUAAGGUGAUUGUCUUAUUGAUUUAAAAUAUGCAUCUCGUGAUGGUGUGAUAACUAGCCACUUUGUGGAUUUUUCACAGUUGCCACUUAGGUUUUUCCUUUUGUCAACUAGAUCUCCUAGGGAGUAUAGGCUUGAAAGAAAGAUUUUUGUUUUGCUUUCCUCUCUUUUCAUUACUAAGAUCAUAGCUUUAAUCUGUUCCUAGCUAUCACCCAUUGCAACAUUUCGCAUUAUUUUUUUUCUAUCAGUCUUGGAUAUUGUUUCUGGAAUUCAUUGAAGUUCUAUCUGAAGUUCGUUGCAGUUGAAACAAAUCAUUUUGGCAAUUUUUAACUUCUACAAUUAGUUUGGAAGUAUAAACUCUUCUUCUGUCAUUACUAUUUGCUCCGAGAUAAUGUUAACUAUGUUACCAUCAGUAUCAGGCAAUGAUGAGAUAGAUCUUGCCAUCAGUUUUACAUGUGAACUGUGAAGCUGCCCCCCCAACCAGCCCUUCCUUUCUUUUUUUGUUUUCUUCAAUCAGGAUUGUGUGAUCACCAACUGUUCACCUCGGUUGAUUGAUCCACAUGGUUUGAGGGAUGUAAUAAAAAAUAGUCAGAGAAUGUUAUCAACCAGAGACAUUGCUGACUGGUCUGUGGUGUGGCAGAUGUUGUUACUCAGGAGAUAACAUCUAAAAGGCAUGGCUCUUCUCCUGAAUAAGCUGACCAAAAUCUGAUCAGAAUUGAUCUCCCAAGUACUGAGUAAGCUGAAAUGUGCCUCCAGAUCGUAGACCUUGUCAAAGCUUCCCUGCAUUCUUCACCACCUGCAGUUAGAAGCUGAAGGGUUUUCUAGCUUAUUAGCGAAUGUGGUUAGCGGGGAAGAAUGACCAACGUGGCGCCUCUACUGUGUCUCCCUGAAUUGCAUCUGUGGUGCAACUUUCUCUCAAUCUUCUUCUGAGAAAACGAAUGGUACCCACCAGCUGUUCAUGAGCCCUGCUAGAAAUGAACACAAUCUGUGCAUCCAUACGUGCCCCCUCCAAAAAAGUCUACUCAUAAUCAUGAAAUGAAAUCUAAUCGAUUUCCUGCUAGAAAUGGAAUGUGGGACACUGAUUUCGUCAGCCUGGAGUCAAAUCUUCUCAUAAUCAUGGAUCAUCCUUCUGUUGUGCUUCCAUGGAAUACUAUCAAGUUUAUGUUAAUUUUCGCUCCCAUUUCCUUUACAGUUCCUUCAUAUCCUUGAUUAAACUGACCUUCUCGGAUGACCACUUUUUCCACAGAUAUUGUCAAGGUGCUCCUGAACCACGACUCGGGGCUUUGCAUGACACUGGGGCCCUCAAACGCGACUCCCCUUAUAACUGCAGCAACAAGGGGGCACACACUGGUGGUAGAGGAGCUGCUGGAAAAAGAUGCCGGCCUUCUUGACCACGCAAGGUCAAAUGGCAAGAAUGCUUUGCAUUUUGCUGUCAGAGGAGGACAUUCAGAGAUUGUCCGUGCUUUACUCAAAAGGGAUCCAAAGUUGCCCCGGAAAACUGAUAAUAAAGGGCAGACCUCCCUGCACAUGGCCGUUAAAGGAACCAGCGCCGAGGUGGUCAGGUUGCUCCUCGAGGCAGACCCUGCCAUAGUGAUGCUCCCCGACAGGUCUGGCAACACGGCUUUGCAUGUUGCCACGAGGAAGAAGAGAGUAGAGGUGCUGUUCGUCACUGAUGUUCCUGGCCUUUCGCAAUCCUUCUGCUUCCUUGCAUCUUCUUCCAUUUGUUUCUUUCUGUCUGGAAUCCCUCUACCCUAAUGUUGUCGACUUCUUUCUGUAUCUAUAUUUUUUGAAAAACUCUUUACAGAUAGUGAACGAGAUGUUGCUCCUGCCCGAUACAAACGUGAAUGCGCUCACCAGAGAGCACAAGACGGCGCUGGACAUUGCAGAGGGGCUGCCCCUUUCGGAGGAAUCCGCAGAGAUCAAGGAAUGCCUGUCCCGCUAUGGUGCUCUGCGGGCAAACGAGUUGAACCAGCCGAGGGAUGAGCUCAGGAAGGCCGUGACGGAGAUCAAGAAGGACGUCCACACCCAGCUCGAGCAGACCCGGAAGACGAACAAGAACGUGAGUGGGAUCGCCAAGGAGCUGAGGAAGCUCCACAGGGAGGGCAUCAACAACGCCACCAACUCCGUGACCGUCGUCGCCGUCCUGUUCGCCACCGUGGCCUUUGCGGCAAUCUUCACUGUCCCCGGCGGGAACGGGAACGACGGGAUAGCUGUGGCGAUCAACUAUUGCUCCUUUAAGAUAUUCUUCGUCUUCAACGCCCUGGCCCUCUUCACAUCGCUGGCAGUGGUGGUUGUCCAGAUCACGCUGGUCAGAGGGGAGACCAAGGCGGAGCGGCGGGUCGUCGAGGUGAUCAACAAGUUAAUGUGGCUGGCAUCCAUCUGCACCUCCGUGGCAUUCAUCGCCUCCUCUUACAUAGUGGUCGGCCGGCGCUUCGAGUGGGCCGCCAUCCUCGUGACAGUGAUCGGCGGUGUUAUAAUGGCCGGAGUUCUUGGGACCAUGACCUAUUUUGUGGUGAAGUUCAAGCACAGCCGCAAGAUCAGGAAGAGGGAGAAGUCGAUGAAGAAGAGCGUAUCCAACUCGUGGAACCGUUACACAGAGCUCUCGGACUCCGAUAUCAACCCAAUUUAUGCCAUUUGA